AUGGCGAUCCAGAAGAAGCACGGCAAAGGCCGUUUGGAUAAAUGGUAUAAACUCGCAAAAGAAAAGGGUUAUCGAGCUCGUGCUGCGUUCAAGUUGAUUCAACUUAAUAAGAAAUAUGGUUUUCUUGAAAAGAGCAAGGUCCUUCUCGAUCUUUGUGCGGCUCCUGGUUCAUGGUGUCAAGUCGCUGCAGAAUGCAUGCCGGCUGGCAGUCUGAUUGUCGGCGUCGAUCUCGCUCCGAUCAAGCCCAUUCCUCGAGUCAUCACCUUCCAAAGCGAUAUCACCACGGAUAAAUGUCGUUCGACCCUCCGGUCUCACGUCAAGCAUUUGAAAGCAGAUACAGUUCUCCACGAUGGUGCGCCUAAUGUCGGUACAGCCUGGGUGCAGGAUGCUUUCACCCAAGCCGAGUUAGUGUUGCAAUCUAUGAAACUGGCGACUGAGUUCUUGAGAGAAGGAGGAACCUUUGUCACCAAGGUCUUCCGUUCUAAAGACUAUAACCCCUUGCUUUGGGUCUUCAAACAGCUGUUCACAUCGGUUGAAGCCACCAAGCCUCCAUCAUCCCGAAAUGUCUCAGCCGAAAUUUUCGUCGUCUGCCGUGGCUUCAAGGCGCCAAAACGCCUAGAUCCUAAAUUUUUGGAUCCUCGGCAUGUGUUUGCCGAAUUGUCUGACCCAACGCCAAACAAUGAAGCCAAGGUGUUCAAUCCCGAGAAGAAGAAGCGUAAGAGAGAAGGUUAUGAGGAAGGCGAUUAUACUCAACACAAGGAGAUUUCGGUAACGGAAUUUAUCAACACUACCGAUCCGAUUGCGAUUCUAGGUACCUAUCAUACGUUGAGUUUCCAACAAUCUCCGACUGGGGACUUGGCUUUGGCUACUCUUGAAAGACUCGAGGAAACUACGGAUGAGAUUCGAAAAUGCUGCCAAGAUCUCCGGGUUCUUGGUAAGAAAGAAUUUCGUAAUCUGUUGAAAUGGCGGUUGAAAGUCCGAGAGAAGUUCGGCCUUGUUGUCAAGAAGAAGAAAACCCAGGAAGAGGGCGAAGAAGUCGCCGAGGUCGCACCUAUGGAUGAGGAGUUGGCUAUUCAAGAAGAGCUCCAGCGUCUCCGUGAUAAUGAGAAUUCUCAAAGGAAGAAAGAGAGGCGCAAGGAGAAUGAGAGGAAACGCAAAGAUAUUGUACGAAUGCAGAUGCAUAUGAUCACUCCCACCGAUAUCGGAAUGGAACAGGGCGGCAUUGAUGGCGCGAAUACUAUGUUUGCUAUGAAGGCUGUGAAUCGCGAGAACGCCGCGGACAAGAUCGCUUCAGGAAAAAUGGAUGAGUUGGAGAGCGAGGAGGAAUCCGAAGCUUCGUCUGUUGAGGAAGAAACAGACGAUGAAGAAGAUCAACUUGAACGAGAGCUUGAUUCACUAUACGAGACAUUCCAGGAACAGAAGCAAGAUCGCGACUCGAAAUUGCGUGCAAAGAAGGCACGCAAGGAUUACGAAGCGGAUGAAUGGGAGGGCUUUUCUGGAAGCGAUAAAGAGGAGGCUUCUGAUGACGAAGAUGACGAUAUCUCUCUUCCAUCUACGCUGCCUCAGUCGGGCAAUUUGUCAAAACAGGCGUCUCUGUUCUUUGACCAGGACGUGUUCGAAGGUUUGGAGGAUAUUGACGAGCUUGACGAUGAAGAUAGUGCUAUUGAUAUGGAGGAUCGUCCACCACGCCAAUCCACGAAGGAGGUCGUCAAAUCGAAGAAUGCUGAGCCAUCAACUACAAAAGACCAAGAGGAAGAUGGUUGGGGAUCUUCGGAUGAGGAAACAGAGAAGCCAGAUGAUCCUCGGACAAAGGAUGGUCGAUUAGAUAUUGAUAUCAUUACUGCAGAGGCAAUGGCUCUCGCGCAACAAAUCGCUACAGGCGAAAAGACAGCUCAGGAUAUGACCGAUGACGGAUUCAAUAAAUACGCCUUCCGAGACAAAGAUGGCCUGCCGGAAUGGUUCUUGGACGACGAGGGCAAACAUAGCCGUCCCCACCGACCAGUCACAAAAGCUGCAGCGGCAGCCAUCAAAGAGAAGCUGCGAGCAAUCAACGCUCGACCUAUCAAGAAGGUCCGCGAAGCCAAAGCGCGAAAGAAGUUCAAGGUUGCUCAGCGCCUGGAGAAACUCCGAAAGAAGUCGGCUCUGCUUGCCGAGGAUGAGGGCGUUAGUGAAAGGGACAAGGCAGAGGCUAUUGCUAAGCUCAUGAGCAAGGCUGCCAAGAAGAAGCCCAAGCAGAAAGUUAAGCUGGUGGUUGCCAAGGGUGCUAAUAGGGGUAUUUCUGGUCGUCCUCGUGGUGUCAAGGGCAAGUAUAAGAUUGUGGACUCGCGUAUGAAGAAGGAUAUUCGGGCACAAAAGAGGGUGGCCAAGGCGCAGAAGGGGCGUUAA